GCUCCUCAUCGGCCGGUGAUCUCAGCAGCGGAGCGAGUUUCAGCGAGCGCGGCGAGAGAAAGAGAGAGAGAGAGAGAAAGAGAGAGACGCGCGCGCGGUGAUAAUCGUCACGCACCGCGUAAUCCCCGUUGUCGGCUCGCACGCACGUAAUCGCGCGAUACCCAUCGCCGCCGGCAGCCGGCGGCGAGAGGACAUGGAAUUGGACGUAAUGAAGCCCGCACCCCCGCGCCGUCCCGCGUUCCGUGGCACCGUGGAGCCGAGGGCCGACGGGGCGAUCUCGCGAUCUCGCGAGGGCACCGUGCGCCGCGGGUCUCCCCAGUAACGACCAUGUCACUGGACUGCGUUAUCGCGCCGUGGACGCCGUACGACUGCACGACAGAGGCGGAUUCGGCGGUAAACGUGAAAACGCGGAAGUGGAUCGACGUAGUAUAGGUCUGGAACGGGUAGCGGAGGAGUUGAUGGGCCGUAGGAGAUGGAAGCAAUACCAGGACACCCUGUACAGCGGCACCCGCAGCAGCGAAUCACAGCCCCACCAUCGGCUUUACCCGGCGUUGUCGUCGUCCUGCAACCCGAUACCCGGGAGCCUGGACCAGAUUGGGCCGCAGCUGCAUCCCACGUCGUUGCCGUCGACGGUGCUGACGACGGCGACGACCACGACGACGACGACGACGGCGACGGCGACGGCGACGGCGACGCUCGCGACCAACGUGGUGAAACAGGAGAGCCUGCAGAGGCAUCAUCUGCAGAAUCACCAUCACCAUUUGUCCACGCCGGUCCAGGAUCAUCUACAGCUGCAACAGCAGCAGCAGGAGGAUUCGCGCCGUCUGAGGCCGGGCGAAGUCAAGGUCGAGACUGCCGACCGCGAGGAGGCCGCGGAGGGUGCCGCGCGGGAGGACACCUCGACGAGAACGGCGGAUACGGCGACGACGGCGACGACGACGACGGCGGAAGUAGCGACAACGACGGCGACGGCGACGACCACCGGGAUCGCGACGGCCACGUCGACAACGACAACGGCGACGGCGACCGGCACGACGACGAUAGCGACGAGACGACGGCGCGGACGCCGGCAAAACGACGGGGAAGACGUCGACGGGGAGGAGGACGGCGACGAGAACGACGAGGAGGCGGGAGGACGGGGCCAGAACGAGGCGGAGAAACGGCUCAAGCUCGACGAGGAAGCCGACAGGUCGGCGGUCAGCCCUCUCAGAACGGAAAACGAUCGUGCGACUCGGGAUCAUCCGACUGCCAACGCUACCGACACGGAAGGGACCAAGGAACGAACGGAGGAAGUCGCGUUGGAGCGGGCACCGGUAACGCAGGGCUUACUGAGGGUAAAGAAAGAGGAGGAGUUACAGGAGGUACCGGGUUCUGGUGGCAACACCGCGUUAUUGACGACGCCGGCGACGGAUUCGGAAGGGACCAGGUCGGGGCUGUUAUGCCGCGACGGGAACGCGGCCGUGACGAGCGUCGCGACGCCGUUUCUCCUUGGAAGACGCACGAGCCCGCCGCCGGAGGACUGGAAGCCUCUCGACAAGUGUUACUUCUGCCUCGACGGCAAGCUACCCCACGACGACCAGCCGCCCCUUAGUCCGCAGAGCGACAGUAGCAGCAGCUCGCGAUCGGCGGAGUCACCGAUGUCGGUCCAGGUGGAUCCGAUGGCGGCGUCCGUGGUCGCCGCCGCCCUCAGCGGCACUUACCCCACCUUGCUGCCUCAAUGGUGCUUACCGCCGAGGGAGGCGCCCCUCGUUGGGGUGCAGGCCCAUCAAGACAGCGCCGCGGCGGCCGAUCAACCGCUCGAUCUCUCGGCCAAACCCAGAAAUUCUCAGGACAACAACAUAUCUCUAUUGGAGCAACAGAAAAUACCUCUGAGAAUGCCGACAGGCAUCGAUCCCAAGACUAUCCUUAACUCGUGUUACCGCGCGAAACCGCGAAUGACCGGACCGGUUGUGACCGCGGCAGCGGCGGCGGCGGCUGCGGCAGGCGUCGGUGGUGUUCCAGUGGUGGGUGCCGGGGGCGGCAGGAGGACUUACACCGAGGAGGAGCUGCAGGCCGCCCUCAGGGACAUCCAGAGCGGCAAGCUCGGCACGCGGAGGGCAGCGGUCAUCUACGGGAUACCGCGUAGCACUCUGCGCAACAAGGUCUACAAGCUCGCGAUGGAACGCGAAAGGGACGCGUCCCUGACUAGCACCCAUUCACACCCUCACGAGUCCGGCGCCCCAGCCACCACCACCACCACCAUCACCACCACCACCACCACCACUACUACUACUACAACACCACCAAAUACGACCCAAAACGCCUCCGCGACCACUCCGCCCCCGCAAGUGGACGAGUUUAACACACGGCAACUUGGUGUCCGCGAGGUUGCAAGAUUCGAGGUGGACGACAAAGAAUUAUCUGGUGCGGAAGAGGAGAAAGAAGUCGAGAAGGCCCUGCUGAAGCCCUUGCUCUCGUUGGAGGAUCUCGUAAGGUUUUCCACGCUUGAGGGGAGCGGUGGUGAUUCCCUCAGGAACUUGCUGCAACGCGGACACGAAACAGGAGUCGAAUGGCCGGGACUGGAACACGCGAAUAUCGGUCCCUACAUUCAAAAGAUGCUGGCUGCCGCUGCACCAUUAGUAGGUAUGGAUGCGCGAGACUAUCGCAUACCUGAAGUGAUGAGGAAGCUGAUGAGCGAGGACAAAAGGCUGAACAAAAACGUGAACGGAGAUCAGUCGCAGCCGCAUCACCAUCAGCACCAUCCCCUUGCCGCGCAUCAGCAAACGCAGUCACAGCAGCAGCGCGCGCCCAUGACGAACGACGAUUUCAAUCCCAACAUUGAGGAAGAAGCCAGCGACAGCGCUCAGGGCAGAGCGAUACUGAAGAUUCCGUCCUACAAGCCCGCCAGCACGCCGGGCUGUUCUAGUAAAAACGGUGAGCCGACUUCCGCCGCGUUCGCCCAAAGCUUCGCGGCUGCCGCCUCGAGUCCGGGUCUCCUGGAGCGAGCUAGUCCAGCGUUUUCCGGCACUAGCAGCCCCACGAAUUCGCUGGUGGGCAAAGCGGUGUCCGUCAAUUUCCGCGACGUCAUCGCCAAGAGCAUCAGCGUCAAGUUCCAAGAGGGCCAGACACCUAGCGCGGCUGGUAUACCGGGCUGUCAAUCGGCCGGCGUUCCAUCGCAGCAGACCAUGAUGACAGACCCGAGUCCGUUCAAGAGGGGUCGUUACACACCUCCGCAACCGCCGCAACAACAGCAAUCAUCGGCGCAGCAACAGCAAAAUAAGCAACAGACGCAGGAAGCGAAUAAAUCAAAGCCGGCUACCGGCGGCAAGGGCACCAGACCUAAGCGUGGCAAAUACAGAAACUACGACAGGGACAGUCUCGUCGAAGCGGUACGCGCAGUUCAGCGCGGCGAGAUGAGCGUGCAUCGCGCUGGCAGCUUUUACGGAGUUCCGCACUCCACCCUUGAGUACAAAGUCAAGGAGCGGCAUCUCAUGAGGCCGCGCAAGAGGGACCAGAAGCAACCGGACGACAAGUCGAAGGAGACCGCGACAACGGCGGCGGCAGCGGCGGCGGCGGCCGUGGCGAUGCGACCGGGCACUGCUGGCGUCGACAAGAAGCCGCAGCUGAAGCCGCAGAAACCGUUCACACCGCCCGGCGGUAUACCUGGUCCGAACGGAUUGAAAAUGCCUCCGUUCAUGGAGGGCAUGCCCCACCUGCCGUUUGGACCCUUCAACUUCUGGAACCCGGCGCCCUUCAUGCCCUCCCCCUUUAUGGGUGGCGCGCCGAACGUGCCGAUCCUUCCGGAACAAUAUUUCGCGUCGCAGAGAAUGCGCGGACUGCAGGAGCAACAACGAAACGCCACCAUGGUGCAGCAGCAGCAGCACCAGCAGCGAGACGGGGUUGGCGUAUCCGGAACGGCAGACGCGGCCGGAACUUCGAACUCUCGAAGCGCUUCGAUAGCGAAGGGGCCGCGCGACAUGGUGGAGAGCAUUUACGAUGGGCCCGGGGCGAACGGUAGUUUCCUGGACAAUCUGAUCAGGUCGAGCCUUGAGACAGGCAUUCCAAGGGACCAGCGGGCGAUAGCGGAGGCGAGAAAUCAGCAGCAGCAGUCGUCGUCGCAACAUCCCGAAACGAUGAGCAGUAAGACACUGAUCGAUCAGCUCUGCAGAAACUCGAGGAGGACCCCGCUGCCGCGGAUGACGCAAGACAGUAGCGAGGACGAGAGUUAUCGAGGACCAACGAGUAGGAUGGUGCCGGAGAGACCGGAGCGCGUGCCCACGGUCGAUCUUAGCCCCUCGCCGUCGGAAAGAGGUCGCACGGAGGACGGUAGCGAUCGGCUGACGUCACCGCCGACGCCUUUGUCGAUCUCCCGAGCGGGUAGCAGGGACGAGGACAGUACCCGUGACUCGAGGAUCGAUCGCAGCAGCAGAGAGCGCGAGGUUCACAACGGCGGCCAGGAGGAUCGCGACCGGAAGCAGCCUCUGAGUCUGCAACAGCAGCAGCAAUCACAGCUGAACCACUACCCGGACUUACACAACCUCUACGCCGCGUCAACUGACAAAAAAAGUGCCUGUGAUAGUAAGCUUAUAGUAGAUCAUUCGAGCCAGAAGACUCAGCCGCAGCAACAACAAAAGGAAUACGCUGCCGUGAGCGGGCUGGUCGUGCAAUUGCAGAGGGGCUACAACACCGCGAGCAGCAGAUCCGGCGAGCCGACUAACAGCCAGCAGCCGGCGGCGGCGGUGGAGCAGCGCGGCACCGCGCUCAGCAUGGAGGACUCCGUAGAGUAGACGAAAGUCAGUAUCCGUUAUCAGUAAAGUAUACAGUUACGAGUACAGUAAACAAAUGAAAAGACCCAUAUACAGUAAGCCCACAUUCCCGCCCAGAUCUCUCUCAUACGCACCCGAACCCGUGCGCCUUCUCGUUGUUGCGCGCCGCGAACGGGGCUUCCCUUUGCGCUCGCUCAAUUCUCCCAAUCUCGCCCGUAUCGGGGCAAGAGGGACGACGUAUUCGAGCGACGGGAACGAAGGGAAUCCUCAAAUACCGUCGCCGACGCGCUAAUACCCUCGAUUAUCCCACGACCUUCUCACCCCGUUCCCCCCCUAUCACGACCUCUCUAUUUCGAUCGGAAGAGAACCUCGAAACGUUGCGAGGCCAAGUCCAGUGCAAGAAGGGGAGAACAAACAAAAAAGUGGCGAUGCAUAAAUGCUAGCACAACCGACCGUAAACCCACUGCGAUUCCGCCAGUUAACGCAUACCCGCCGUACGAACCCGCGUCCGGCUGGCCCACGGCCCAGGCCAACCUGGUAUUAGACGCGCGUCUAGGAAAACCCUUUCGACUUAUGGCGAAAGUACAUUUCGCGCCAGAGUAUACCGAGAAACGUAUAACGGAUAAAAAAAAUACACGCGACAUGUUCAUUGUGCCGAGUAUUCACACGCGACACGCUUUAGCAGACGCAAGGACCCAUUCUGACCGCGUUUCUACAAGCCCGACAUUCCAUGAGACUCUCACAUACAAGUAUUGACACACGCAGACGUGAGACACACACACACACACACACACACACACACACACACACACAUUAUGUAUACAAAUGAGUACAUAUACGCGAGUAUACAAAAAUGGGGAACAUAACGAGAUACUUAGGCGUUGCGCGCGUGCACGUGUUGUUACAGCGACGUAGCCGAGAUCUUCUCAUUUUCACGUCGACGCGAAAUCCAUUUCCACGAUAGACCCGGGGACCCCCUUCCGGAUACGAGCCCGCUGUGUCCCGCGACUGUCGUGGUCCUGGCCGUCGUCGCAGGAGGCUCGGUGCGUCGCGCGUGACGCACGCGUGGGGCACACACGCAACGCGAGAUGUUUAGCCGUUCGAUGAUUAUUAAUAUGAUUAUUAAUUACUGCAACCGCUACCAAUCGGUGGACGACGAAAGGUCAAACGAUGGAACAAAAAUGCCGACGCGACAGCAUAUUUUUUCCUCUGUGAGUGUAAAACUACCUAAUGCAAAAAGAAAAAAAAACUUAUUAUCUACUAUUUAAACACUACUUAACUAAGGAGCGACAUAAUUAUAUAAGGAAUAAUAUAUUAUAUAUACAUAUAUUUUUUGGUCAUUACGAACGUGUGCGAAGCGAGAACGAGCCAAGGCUUUUGUUGGCGCGCGUAGGUAACGUUUUUCUUUUUCACGAGGCGACAAUAUUUCUAUAAAUCUUGGUUGUUUCGAGGCCAGCGUUCGACGUGAACGCGUCCCACGUUUCGGGCGUGAACGCGGCAAAAUGGAAGGGAAGCAGAGAAAUAUCGGCAUGCGAUCUUCGUUGUUGGGAAUUGCCUUACAAAGUAGCCAGUGAGACCUUUUGGUACGAACAAUCGAUGUAACGGCACGUUCGAAAUGCCCACAUUUGCUCGUCUAUAUUUUUUCUUACCAGAUAGUUUUGCGUAUUACGAUCAGCGUAAGAGAUUCUAAUAUUUAAAAAAACUUUUUUUUUUUAAAUAUAAUUUUAAUACCUCUUAAAUAAGCGUAAAACAUUUCGAGGUUGUCGACACGAGAAAAAUGAAACAAUUUUAUUUUACGAAUCUGUAAGCAUUAAAAAUAGUAUAAAAAUGAUAUCAAAUGUUAAAAGUCCCUCAGUUUUUAUGUCUAGCUGUAAUUCUUUGUUUUUUAAAGUUUUUGAAGACGAAGGUCAUUCCACAGGCUCUCCUCUUGUGAGUAAUUACAGCCACGAGGAUCGCGAUCUUUCGGCGUCGCGCUAUGGGAUUAAAUCCAGCGGUCCGAAUCCAGAAAGAUGCGAACGUGAAAUUCACAAAACGUGGGAUUUAAGAGAGGAAAGGAUACUGUUGCACGCGCGCGCGUGUGCGCGCCGGCUCUCGUUUUUCUUAAAGCGCGAGACGCCCACUUUUUGAUACGAAUACAAAUUUUCUACUGCGUAGAGGGAAAGAGAGAAAAAAAAAAGAGAGAGAGAGAAGAAAAAAAAAGAAGCUGCAGUUGCAGCGGCGCGAGCGGAGGCAGUGUUGUAUCGUUUCUUCGCGCGCGCAAGGGAAAAGACUUACUAAAAACCUAGGAAUAUUUUAAUCUCCGUUUUCGUUUCUCUCAUACAUCGCGGCUCUCCCGCGAGAGCGAUAUGCAUUAGGAACCAGCAGAACUUCAUCGUGACGCGUCGGGACGGAUUUUGGGCAGAGCGAGUUCGAGCGCGUCUCGAACGUCCGUCGCCGGUUUUUUUGUAAUAACGACGACACGAAAAUAUCGAACGAAUGACGAACAUCGACGUUUCGAGCGGCCACACGUCUCUCUCUUUCUCUCAUUCGGUUUUCUGCGAAUUCACCGCGGUCUUGCACGUCCAAUUAUGCUCGCGAUUGUGAUACAGAAAACAUAAACUCAAGAGUUUAGGCACGACAAAUUUUCAGGUUCGGUGAAAACUCUUGGAAACUUAAUGAAAGUCUAAAUUUUAACCAACUGAUAAUUAUAAAGGGAAAAUAAUUUUAAUACAUGCAAACGUCGAUACGCGAUUCUCAGUCAAAUAUUUGUCUGAUGAUUGAAUCAAGGUGAUAAUUUAAUUAGAAGAGACGUGCUUGUAAUCCAGACUUGAAAAUAUUUUAAAUUUUAACUAUGUCUCUAUACGUUGAAGAAAAUUCCAUUGAAAUCUAUUAUAGAUAGCUUUAUUUGGAAUUAAUAUAUAUUUUCUUAAGAAAUAUUUAAAAGAGUAUCCAAGUUAUAGAAUGAAAAGUUAAGAAGUAUUCUUAUCUAUUUGUUUCCUUAAUAAUUUAACGACGUGCGCGACUGUUGAUCCUCUCUCGGUUAAAAUUGGCUUUUACAGAGAGAUGAUCCGUGGUUAGUAUUAAAAGGGCGAUUUCGUCAUUUCGUUAAUGUAGCAGGCAGACCGUUGGACCAAGACGAAAUCGACGGAGACGAAAGCCGGAGUAGGAAGGAUCGGAGGCCAGACGAACGCGAGAAAACGGCGACAAAAAGAAAAGAAAAAGAAAAAUAAAAUGGUGCUGUAGUGCGGGCCAGGAUUUCCUAUUUUUCUCGCAUAGCCGAGCGUAGUCGCGAAUAAAACGACGCGAAUAAAAAAUACAGAAAAGAGGAGGAUAGAGCAGCAGCAAGAAAUGAAAAAGGAUGAUCCACACGCACUCAUUUCAUGACUCUCUUUAAAAGUAACGACUGAAAGACUCUAGGCUGUACAUAAAGUAUAAGGCAUGUAUGUUCGGUGUUUUAAAAAUGCAAAAAUUCCUUAUUAAUGCAAAAAAAAUUAUACCUACGAAAAAAGUAAACCAUAUAGGCAAGGCUACUCUCUCGGUGUUUUUUGGAACUAAACUUAAAAUUUACCCUAUUUAAAGAAAAAAAAACCGUGAAUAAUGUAACUUUAAAGGAAGCGCGCGUAAACGCGGAAACCAAGUUAUUGAGUGUAAACGUUAAGGUCUCCUUAGGGUUAAAGAAAAACAAACUGAACAGCAACAAAGCGAAAUGCAAGCUAAUUAUGAUUGUGUGUAAACGUAAAUUUAAACCUUCCUUCGCCCUGUGUCCGCUAAGUCACUUUUUAACUGUUCACCAUCACACCACCGCCUGUGUCUCUCUUCCCUUUUAUUACCUCACCUACUCCUCACUUCCUCGCAGACACACCUUCGAUGAAGUAUAUAAGUCACACGGUGUGAUCUGAGACUACUCGAUGCCUCCAAAGUCUUUUUCUAAACGUUCACCAGGCAUUAUUAUGCGAAAAGGAGGGAAAUAUGUUUAUACACUUGUUCCGACCACUAACUCACCCCCCCCCCGCCCCUCUUUAUCAUCCUCCCACAACCCAAAGUCCACCCAAAAUACCUAUACCCGCGAAUUCGCAUCACCGACACAUCCAGAAAUUCAAGCCCGAUACUCUUUAUUGAAAGAUUUAUCGUUAGAUGUGAAAAAAAAAAAAAGAUAUUUAUCGUGCGGAUGAUAGUAAACGUGCGUACACUAUGAUUGUCGUUAAUUCAAUUACGGUUAUGAUAUUUCGUCGCGACGUUUAGUGCGGUCUAUAAUCGGCGGAUCUCAAAUCUCCACGAUCCAUCGGGUGCAACGCGGUAUGUCUUUCGGCAAUUUUUUUUUUUUGUUUCGCGAAAAGAAAGGUGAACACACCAAGGGAAGAUAGAAAGCGCGCAAGAGAGCGAAUGUGGGACAAACGAGGAUAUCCGCGUCCGACGUCCGCGUCGCCCAAAAUAAUUCGCAGUUGCUACGGAUACCUGUCCUUUUCAUCGUAUUGCUCGUAAUUGGAUCAAAUUCAGCAAGCAGUCGAUCAACUUGUUGGUGGUUUUCUCUAUAUAGAAUUUGUUACCCAAUCGAUACCUGUAAUUUUACACAUGUUCACUACUUGUUAGGCGAAAAUUGACCGGCGUAGGGAAUGAAUUCGACUUGACGUUCAUCAAUACAUUGAUCUUCGCAAUUAAAAAGUUAUUAAUAAGUUUAGGUAAUGGAACUUCUUGCGUUUCGUGUGAUCAAAAUGACUUCUUUGAUUAAAAAAAAAAAAAAAAAAUCAUUAUUUCUACGUGUUACACAUAAAAAAAAAAACAA